AUGUCAAAAAGAAACCUUCUUCUAUGCUUCGACGCAUUCGGGACACUAAUUAGGCCCGUUCGACCAGUUGCGCAGCAAUACGCUGACGUUGCUCGCCAAUGCGGUUUCACCAACUUCAACGACGAUGAGCUACAAGCCGCCUUCAAAUCGUCCUUUAAACAAGAGUCCAAGAAGAAUCCGAAUUAUGGAAAGGAGACGGGGUUAGGGGCGACGAAUUGGUGGACCAAUGUUAUCCACAACACAUUCACAUCUUUGGCAAAAGAUGACAAACCUCUGCCGAAGGAUCUAGCUCCGAGACUGUUGCAUCGCUUCUCCUCGAAAGAGGGCUAUUGUACCGAAACAGGUCUUGUUGAGGCAUUCAAGAAGUUGAAGCAAGGCCCGCCUCCACAUUUUGACAACCUCGUCAUUGGUGUCAUCACCAACUCCGAUGAUCGGAUUCCCAGUAUUCUCUCAUCUUUAGGUCUUGCCGUGAGCCCAUUGAGAUAUGGAACCGACACAGACAUCGCCAAGCUCAAGGACAAGACUUACGACAUCGACUUUCAUUGCAUAUCUUAUGACGUUGGCGUUGAGAAACCAGACAAGCGCAUUUUCAACGCUGCAGAGUUCAUGCUCGCUCAGGUCAUCAGCGCUCGCAGCGGCAAGAGCCUUACUCAAGCUGAAGAGGAAACAAGUUACUGGCAGAAGGUAUAUGUUGGUGAUGAUUACUCGAAAGACGUUCUUGGGUCAGCCAAUGUAGGCUGGAAUCCGGUGCUCCUUGACCCGAAGGACGAAUGUGACAACGGCGAAGACUUCAGCCAUUUGCGGUCAUCUCCAGAUGAAAGUCAUGAGGGGAAGAUUUUCAAAAUCGAGGAUAAUCCAGGGGCGACAUUGGAUGGAGCGUUUGAAAAACACAAGGUGGCGACUGUUCAUUCAAUUCGGAACCUCCUUUCCUGGCUCUCGGCAUCAAGUUAG